GGAAGGUUGCAGGCAGAUGGCGGCCACCAAGAGGGUGCUGUACGUGGGCGGGCUGGCCGAGGAGGUGGACGAGCGGGUGCUGCACGCGGCCUUCAUCCCUUUCGGCGACAUCACGGACAUCCAGAUCCCCCUGGACUACGAGACGGAAAAACAUCGAGGUUUCGCUUUCAUUGAAUUUGAACUAGCUGAGGAUGCUGCAGCAGCCAUUGACAACAUGAACGAGUCUGAGCUCUUUGGGAGGACAAUCCGUGUCAACCUGGCCAAACCAAUGCGGAUUAAGGAAGGAUCCUCUCGCCCAGUCUGGUCAGAUGAUGACUGGCUGAAGAAAUUUUCAGGGAAGACACUUGAAGAGAAUGUGGAGGAAGAGGGGGCAGAGCCGGCCCGGUCAGAGGCUCAGGAGGGUGAGCCACCAGCAAAAAAAUCAAGGGUCAACCCCCAAGUAUACAUGGAUAUCAAGAUUGGAAAUAAGCCUGCUGGUCGAUUAAACAUCCUCUUGCGAUCGGAUAUUGUACCUAUGACCACCGAGAACUUCCGCUGCCUGUGCACACAUGAAAAGGGCUUUGGCUUCAAAGGGAGCAGCUUCCACCGCGUCAUCCCCCAGUUCAUGUGCCAAGGUGGAGAUUUCACCAACCACAAUGGCACAGGGGGGAAAUCGAUAUAUGGGAAGAAAUUUGAUGAUGAAAACUUUAUCCUGAAGCAUACGGGGCCAGGCUUGUUGUCAAUGGCCAAUUCUGGCCCUAACACAAAUGGCUCUCAGUUCUUCAUCUCUUGUGAUAAGACUGACUGGCUGGAUGGAAAGCAUGUGGUAUUUGGAGAAGUCACGGAAGGGAUGGACGUGGUGCGACAGAUUGAGGAUCAAGGCAGCAAAGAUGGGAAACCAAAGCAAAAAAUCAUUAUCUCAGACUGCGGUGAAUAUGUGUGAAUGUUUGUACAAGCAGAAGCUUGUUGGGAAUAGAAAACAAGAAGAAUAUAACAUCAGAUCCCUCUGGAUGAGAGAGAACUGUCUUGGAACACUUUGCAAAUAUGCAUUCAGAUACAAAAGGUCUUUAUAUAUCCUCUGCUCAGAAUUACAGAGACUUUAGAAGUCUAUUUUGUACAGAACUUUUUCUCCUAUAAAAUUAUAGCUAUUUUUUUUACA